AUGCUGCUGAAGGCGCUGCUGCUGCUGUGUGCUGUCUCCUUCGAUAGAGUAGGCCCGGAUGAGUUGCUGCUGCAGCGCAUGCAGCAGCAGCAACAGCAGCAGCAGCAGCAGCGACGGCAGCAGCAGCAGCAGGGACAAACAGCCGCGCGGAACGACCUCUUGCUGCAGCUCCCCCAAACGCAGCAGCAGCAGCAACAGCAGCAGCAGCAGCAGCAACGCGUUGCUGCAGCAGAAGCAGCAGAUACAAGAGAUGCUGCUGCGCUGCUGCUGCAGCAGCUGCUGCCGGCCCCCCCCCUCAAGUGGGCGCUGCUGCUAACAGGCACGCGGGUUGUAGGCAGCAGCAUCGAGGCCUUCGCAAUAAGCUGCAGCAGCAGCAGCAGCAGCAGCAGCAACAACAACAACAAUACAGAGGCGCUUGCUGCUGCUGCUGCUGAAGCAGUGCAUGCAGCAACCUGCACAGCCCUGCAUGCUGCUGCUACGCUGCGGCUGCUGCUGGAAGCACCAGCAGCAGCAGCAGCUGCUGCUGUUGCUGCUGAGCCGCAGGUGCUGUCUCUGGUUGUUGCGACGCUGCAGUGCAGCCUGCAUUUGGUGGGGGAGUUGCUGCUGCGGGCUCUAGGCCUAUACCCGCAGCAGCAGCAGCUGCUGCAGCAGCAGCAGCAGCAGCUGUCGGAGCAGCAGCAGCUGCAGCAGCUGCUGCAGCGUAGCCAGCGUGUGACGCGUGUGCUGCAUGCGAAUGCAGCAGAGGGAUUUGCUGCUGCUGCUGCUGGCUGCAGCAUAUAUGGAGACACGGGGCUGCUGCAGCAGCAGCAGCAGCAGCAGCAGCAGCAGCAGACAGCAGCAACAAGCAGCAAACUCAUGCUGCUGUCUCCGUUGCUGCCGCAGCUGCUGCAGCAGCUCCCUUCCUUGCGGCUGCUGUGUCUCCUCGCUAGCCGCAGCAGGGUGGCAGAAGCCUUGCGGCUGCUGUGUCUCCUCGCUAGCCGCAGCAGGGUGGCAGAAGCACUCCCUUCCUUGCGGCUGCUGUGUCUCCUCGCUAGCCGCAGCAGGGUGGCAGAAGCACAGCAGCAGCAGCACUGGGGUGUACAUACCGCAGCACGAACUCAGCAGCAUCGCUUUCUUUGCUGCUCGCCUUGA